UUUACGAACCCAAGGUUUGGUCGGUGACGUUUCCAAAGUACCUGGAUCCUCCACAGCCCAACAAACAUCGGAAGCUUUGGCCAAGUUGGAUGCCAUAUUACAAGAAGCCAAGGUUCCUCGCAAGAAUCUAUUGGCGGUGCGCAUUUACGUGGCCGAAUACACACCGGCCAAUUUGAAAGAAAUGAACGAUGUGUAUGACCAGUGGGUGGAUCCGGAAGGAUUGCCCACACGAAUUUGUGUGCAAGCAGGAAUGGGGAAUUUUGCUGUGGAAAUUCAAGCGGAGGCCUACUAUUAG